AAAGAUGCUAAAUGCGAGAUUGGGAGCAUUUCUAUUGCCUCCGCACGGCUCUCAACUUGGCAACGGCUGAGCCGGCAGCUCGUAGCUAACGGUGCUAACAGCACUAAUAAUAAAAAAAACUACUGCUGACAGAGAUAACACAGAUAAUCUGAGGGGGAACUGAGGGAGGGUGCUAAGCUUCCGCGACGGCACUGUUGGCGGGGACGGUGUUAUUAGUUGUAACUGCCAUGUGAGAUCAGUGCAGAGCAGCGGUCGAGAGCUAGCCAGCUGCCGGCCCAGUAAUGUCAACAAAGCAAAGAGAAACUCGGAUUACAACACACACAGAGGGAGAGUGACUUCAUUCUCUGCUCAGGAAGACAUUACUCCUCUAUAUCUUUACAUGGACAAUAGUUGUUUGUUGAUAUAUUAAUGCUCUGAAUAUCAUAUAGAGCAUCUUUACUUCUGUCAAAGUUACAUCACACCAUCACAUGGUGACUGAUAGUGGAAACUAUCCAAGAUUUGACAGUCAGCUGCUGAGGAGCAUGUUUGGGGAUGUCGGGAAAUCAUUACUGGAAGAGUGAAUGAGCAAACAUGGUAGUUGUGACAACAAGGUUAUUGUGAAAUCAACAGUAGUUUGAGGUAUUUGUGUAAAUGGUUGCUGUACUUUUCCAGUGUUCCUUGAAAGCACUAAUGUGACUUAAAGACCACAGGGAAAACAAGAUUUUUUACUUUAUUUUCAUCAUUGAUCAAUCAACUUACAAACGUAUAAAGUGGCUAAAAUGUUUACUGUGAUCCAUUUGAAUCUAGUGGAGUAAAUGAGUCGCAGUAAAACCUAAGCUUUGAAAAAAAAAAAACGACUGCCAUUACAGUACAUGCACUUUAUGUACAAUAUUUUAAGUAUACUCAGCUCACAAUUAAUGGGUUAAAACAUGAAAAAAAACACUGGUAUGGUCAUUAAGCGUGGGAUUGGGAGUGCUGCUCUUACAGUUGAAUUUCUCAUGACUGUUUCAAUGAAAUCUGAGCCCCACCUUGUUUCUGUUGCAACAGCAUCUGUGACCGUGUGUUACGUCAUACCAGGUACCAUGCCCUCGUGUAAGAAGGUGGAGUUUACAGUUAAUCAUACAGCGCUUACUCACAAAAACAAGGCAAAGUUUUCCAUGGUGAUUACUAAGCCAGCUGGGGUUUCCUUCAGCAGUCAUUUGAUUGUUUAUUAUUCUAAACUAUCCCAUCUACGUCGAGAAAUUCAUGCUCCUUCUCUUGAUGAAGUGUGCUCCCCGGAGCUGCAGGCACGUGUAGAAGAGUGUCGCGUGGCCUACUUCAGCACUGUAAUUAACCGAGAGAUGAAUCGGGUGGAGCUGCAGUUUGCUGACACUGAUAAAAGCCCCCCCUCUGUGUGCGUCCAGUAUGAGCAGAAUGGAAUAUGUGAGAGUUGGAACAGGACACCCAUCCCGCUGUAUGCUGUGACCUCCUGCAUGUGUCUCCAGGUAUGGAAUGAAGAUGAGCACAGGCGCGUUCGAAAAUGCCCCUUCAACAACACAGAGUCCCGAUGGCAGAUGGCCGUAUGGCAGAACGUGUCCGUAUCUGUAGACCAGGCUCAAAUGAACAACCACCGCACCAUGCUGUUGUGGAACGUGACUGCACCCUGCAGGCUGGAGGGUGAAGUGUGGCCCUGCCACAAAGACAUCAGCUGCAGGGAGAUGAAGGGCUUCAGACAACUUCUGACAAAUGGCAGGUGGAAACAAAACCGCAAGGAACAUUGGGAGAUAACGGGGGUGUUUGAAGAAAUCAACCUUCAGCUCUCUCCAUGUGUGAUGGUGAAAGUAAAGGGAAUGGGACAUGAGCUAGGUCCAUUCUGUUUCAAAAACACCGACAGGUGGCGCUGGAGUCUCCUGGUUGUUGCGGUCAUGCUGCUGGUCUGCUUGACUGUGCUCCUAUUUUAUCUCCUUCAUGACUUCAUCAAGAAAUGGGUGUGGAGCUGUUAUCAUGGCGGAUUUGUAAAGAUUGUCAGAAAGGGUCAUGUGGUGGUGCUGAGCCCCCCAGAUGUGGAUGACGGCUUUUCGGAGUCAUGUCGGCUUGGCUCCCAGCUCCAUGACCAGGGAUUCAGUGUGUCUGUGGACCAGUGGAGCACGAAGAAGCAGUGCGAUCUGGGGCCUCUGCCAUGGCUGCACUCUCAGCUGCUGGAGCUGAAAAGCGUGGGCGGCCGAGUGGUGCUCGUCUUGACCCGCAAAUCCUCGGAGAGAGUAGCAGAAUGGGCCCGUCGGGACAAAGAGGUUAUCAAGACGAAGGGGGAAGACGAGAUAUGUUCCCCUUACUCUGACGUGUUCAUGGCCUCCCUGUGCCUCAUCCAAGCGGACAAGCAGCAGGGCAGAGCUGGGGAACGUUUUCUUCUGGUGACAUUUGACUCCCAUCUAAGCGGUGACAAGAGUCUACCAGAGCUUUUUCAGGGGCUGCCCCUUUUCCAGCUUCCCUCUCAGACCCAGGCUCUCAUAUCUGAGCUCACUGUGGGAAGGACUGCGAGGGGAUCGGGUAGAGGGACAUGGACAGGGUGGAAAUGGAGAGAAAAGACUAAAGAGGGACCAGACCAGCCGAAGGCACCCCACUGUAAAUAUGUUGGACUUGAGAAAAACUGGGAGAUGAAGCCUUUGAUGUACCCAUAAAUUAUUGUUGCACAUUAUUGCUGCUCUGUGCAUGAAGGACACGUUCAUCUAAAUUACGGAUGAGAUAAACAUAGGACAUUAUUAAAAAGCUGGCUGGCAAUAAUCUAAAUUGUUUUUAUUGUCAAAAAAUGCCAUGAAAUGACCAACAACAAUACAUUAGUCCAUCUCUCAUUACUCUCCGACUUCGUUCUCAUUCCCAGGGCGUCAUAUACCGAGGCUUUGUCAGCCGUUCAAUACCGCCGCACAAGGCAUCCUUUAGCGCGGGUAUGCGAUGCACCAGGCUUUCCAUUAUCUACAAACCCAUCGCUGCAACAAUAAACGUGAAAGUGCUGUGGUGAUGUAGUUUAAAGAGUGAAAGAGGCACACCGGGCGGGCGGGAGGAGUGGUGGAUGGUGCCCAACAAACACACAGCUUUAAUACAGGAGACCGCUGUUUGUGUCCUGUGGGUUACGUUUCACUUUCACUUUACAAUCAGCUGUGUGUUCGUGUCCCGUGUUCACAACGUCAAGUCACAUUUGCACUAUACAAAUGUAGUAAUUUUAAGCCCAACCAUGUUUUUUUCCUUAAUCAAACUAUAGUGGUUUCAUUGCCUAAUCCUAAGAAAGUGUUUUUGUUUCAUUCACAAUAUCAAGCAUGCAUGUUUACUGAGACCGAAAAGUGACGCCAAAAGGGUCUGACAAAGCCCCGGUAUGUGACGAGUUGGGAUGAGAACGUGUUGGUAGUUUUUAGCAAACAUCACACAAAUAGGAGUAAAUUGUGUAUUUGUUGGGGACUAUUUUCAGCUGCCAAUUUGUAGGCAGCAGGAUGGAGUUUGUGAGAGUGACUCAAAUCCAUCCAUCCAUCAUCCAUCAUCUGCAACCGCUUAUCCCGUUAGGGGUCGCGGAGGGGCUGGAGCCGAUCCCAGCUGACAUUGGGCGAAGGCGAUGUAGACCCUGGACAGGUUGCCAGCCUAUCGCAGGGCUGAUACAUAAAGACAGACAACCAUUCACACCUACGGGCAAUUUAGAGUCAACAGUUAACCUGCAUGUCUUUGGACUGUGGGAGGAGCCCGGAGUACCCGGAGAGAACCCACGCUAACACGGGGAGAACAUGCAAACUCCACACAAGGGACCCAAGCCAGAUUUGAACCUGCGACCCUCUUGCUUGUGCAGCCCAAACUGACUCAAAUGUUUAUUGUCAAAUGGCACAAAGUGCAACAAGUGGUUUUAAUGGUGUUUGGACAAUAACAAUGGUCUAUGGCACAGACGAAUUAGUUAUAUCAGGCUUUGGCUACUUGUUUUUAGUAUUGAAUUAUUGUUUAUUAUGUUUCAUGGGAUUUGUUGACCAUAAGAAAAAUUAUAGAAUAAGACCAGACUUAUCCUUUAAGCUUCAAAAUGUUUAACCUAAAACCUUACAGACUAAUUAUAUCCAUGUACAGUAAGUCUGUCAACACUUGUCUAUAAAUAAAUGUGCUUAUUUUUGUGCGAGGCGGAUCUCGGGUUGUGAUUGGACAGCUCUCAGUACAAGGAUGGCUCUUAUUGGUGCAAUCUAGUGUCAGUUUAAGUGACACAAAGGAGCGCUUGUUAAAGAAUGUCAUUACACCCCGGUGGGGGCGGUGCUGUGAGAUUAUGCAUGUACCGCCCGCUCGGGAUGUUUGGUUUUUAGUAAUCAAACACAGAGAAGUGUUGAAGUGCGACAGGCUCUCCUCGGCUGUCUGAUACAGCCUGAACUCACUGCAUUUAAACAACGCACACAGAGGAGGUAAAGAAACCCUGAAAUCAUGUCUAGUUUGUUUUGAGUCCCACUUAAAUUAUUGGUGUGUUUUACUUAUGUAAAUGUAGAAGUAUUAGUAGCA